AUUACGGUAGACCAAGUAUAUGGGGAAGAGUAUUGGAUCUUAAUUUCAUGCAUAAUGCAACUUUUCUAUUCAAUGUCUGCAUGCAUUUAUUCAUCUACAAAGCUUCAUCUGUUCUUUUCAUUUUCCUUUUACAUUUCGAUUUUCUUUGAUUAGUUAAACAACGUCGACUCUGAACUUUGCAGCCCAUUAUAUACAUGUAGAAAGAGCAAAGUAAAAAAAAAAAAAAAUGGAGAGCAUGGUCAUAGACAGAACAAUGACGAAGUGGAAGAAUCUGAAACAAAGGCUUGGAUUGAAGGCAAUGGGGUGCUGCGGAGCCACCUGGACUCCUAGAGCCAGAAUUUCAACUAUUUCAAUCCUACUAGAAGAUGAAGAUGAAGAAGCAGCUGAAAGGCAGCAAGUUAUUAUGAGCAGGAGCGGCAAUGUCGUAAAUAACCGUAUUCAGAAUAGAAGAGAGAACAGUGCCAGUACCCCACUGUUGGUGGGGCAGCAGCCAGUAGUAGUCACACCAGGUAAUUCAGGGAUGAACUUGGCAAUGGCUCUGGCAGCUGAGCGUAAUAUGCGGGGAAACAACGUGGUUCCCAGUCCCACGCAGGUGAAGACGUUGAUGAGAUUGAUUGAAGAAACGGAGGGUGUUGAUUGGAAUAAUUAUAAGAAGAAAAGGAAGGACAAUGUUGUUGUUCAUGUUGAAGGUGGAGGAGGGAGCUGCGAUUGGAUGUGUUGCGUGUGCAUGGAGAGGAAGAAAGGGGCGGCUUUUAUUCCAUGUGGGCACACCUUUUGCAGGGUUUGUUCCAGGGAAGUCUGGCUCGAUCGGGGUUCAUGUCCUGUCUGCAACCGUUCCAUUCUCGAUAUUCUUGAUAUUUUCUAGAUUUCAGAGUUUCAGACCCCCCCCCCCCAACCUCCCACCUGUUCUUGUUUUUUGCUUCUUUUUCUCUUUUCUUUUGGGGUUGAUGGAGAUUCCUGAAAAUAUUCUUUGAGGGGAAUUUUACAUGCAAUGUAAGAUGAAAGCAAUACGACAACAACACUUUCAA